GCAGAAGAUAUCAUCCAAAUUUCUGCAUCUGAGUUGAUCAUAACUGCCAAAAUUGAUUCCGUGGAUGCCGUUUAUGGCCUGUGUAGAGAGUUCACUUGUACGAUUAACGUCCUCUCGAGGAAAUUUUAUUCGAGAUUAACAUUUGCACUGCAAUAAUUUUAAAGUGACAUAUCGAGACCAAAAUGAGUAAUUGUCAAAUAGAAGCAUGUAGAAGUAAUUAUCGAAAUAAAGACUGUAGAACCAGAACUAUACAUUUUCAUCGUUUCCCAAGAAAGAAUGCGUUUUUAUUACAAUGGGAGAAAGCUUGUGGGAAAAAAUAUGUCAAUAUUAAAAAUGGACGCAUCUGUUCCAUCCAUUUUGAUUCAACAGCAUACAAAGUGUAUGAUUUAGACCAUCAACCAAAGAAAAGAAGAUUAAAAUCUGAUGCAGUGCCCACACUGAAUUUAGGACCGUCAAUCAGCAAAGUACCAGAUACUGCAACGAAUAUAAUACUGUCUGAAAAGCAGUUAGAAGCGAUGAAUACAACACUGUUUGAAGAGCAAAUGGAAGCGAUGAAUACAACAUUGUCUGAAGAGCAGAUGGAAGCUUCGACUUCAAGACACUCAUUAAAUUUCAACACGUUAGAAUCUUCUAUGUCUGGAGAAUUGCUGGAAAACUUUUUGGACAAAUCCAACGACCCGCCGAUGGAAAUUGACAAAAAAGGACUUGUUGAAUUUAGAUUGCAGAACAAUACUUUAAGGAAGCAGCAUGUUAACGACAACAAAAAGGAGUAUGAAAUCGAAGAAAGUGUGAUGGAAAGAGAACGACAAAACGAAGAAGAGAGAGAUGAAACUAGCGAGCACCAUCUUUACGAAGAGGAUCAGGAUGCAGACAAUGAGAGUGAACAAAACGUGAAUACUAAAGACAGGUUCAAACUUGAUUCGGGAAAGAUCAAAAUCCAUGAAUGCAAUCAGUGCGGUCGUACAUUUCUCCUGCAUCAAAUGCUAGUAUUGCACAUUCAGCGCGUCCAUCGCCAUUGCCAAUACGAGUGCGAUAACUGCGAGAAACGCUUUUUCGACAAGUGUGAUAUGGUGAAGUAUAAAAGCAUACAUUUAGACAAGAUGCCAUUCUCGUGCUCAACGUGUCAAAAUAAGUUCAGGCUGAUGGAUCAGCUGCGAAAACACGAGAAAAUACACACGAACGAAAUGCAUUAUGCCUGUCAGCAUUGCAGUCGCAGAUUUGUCACCAUUGAAGAAUGCAAGAAGCAUGAGAAUUCGGAGCAUAAGAAAGUAAAGCAGUUCCAAUGCGACAUCUGCGGUAACUGCUUUGUAUACAAACAGAGCUUGCAACGGCACAUAACGCUACAUGAGAGUAACCUGUUCACAUGCAACUACUGUACAGAGGCCUUUGACACAAAGUCAUUGUUAAACCAACAUUUGUUUACUCACAUUGAUAAUCGACCACAUGCGUGUAAAGUUUGCCUGAAGACGUUUUCCCGAUUACAUCAUUUGAUCGAACAUCUACAAGUUAAUCACAGUGGAUUGGACGAGACAGAGAACUACUACAGUGAUACGCAAUCUGAGGCCCAACAAUUAACUGUCAGCAGCCCUCCAGUUCAUAGCCCAAAAUACAAAAUUAUAUUUUCUAUUUCAAAUACAAUACCAAUAUAA